AUGUAGUAAAUUUUAACAUUGUUUAGCUGCGAUUAAAAGAUUACAACAAUAAAUUUGUUUUUAAUUUGUGAUGCUAUAAUCAAAUAUUUCCAAUGUAAAAUGUCAAUUUGAAACAUUGUUCACGUAAUUACUUGUGAUUAUUGAAAAAUGCGGUGUAAUUAUCGUUAAAAGAAAAUCAGUUGCGAGCAAAAUAGUAACAAGUUGGGAUGUUUUAAAAAAAGCUUGUUUCCUAAAAUCAUGAAGAAUUAUUAUUAUUUCCCGAUAAGAUACACCCAUAGUUGAUAUUCAAUAUGAAGAUAGUGUUUAACUGAGUGGGAAAAAAGUGUGCUAUAAGCUAGAGAAUGUUGAGAUUUUUAUCGAGACGUAGAGGCCGAGGCGUCGGUGGGCAAAAUACAUCUUCACAGAUUAAAAAUCAACGAUUGUUAAGCAAUAAGAAUAUAGUACAAUGUAGAGUUGUACUGUUAGAUGGAACUGAUUUACCUAUCGAGUUGUCGAAAAAAGCGUUGGCCAGUGAUUUGUAUGAGCAAGUGUUUUAUAGUUUAGAUUUAAUAGAAAAAGAUUAUUUUGGCCUACAAUAUACUGAUAGCAACAAUAUUCAGCAUUGGUUGGAUCCUACUAAACCUAUUAAAAAGCAGGUUAAAAUUGGACCUCCUUAUACUUUACGAUUGAAAGUUAAAUUUUAUUCAUCGGAACCGAACACACUUAGAGAGGAAUUAACUCGUUAUCAGUUUUUUCUUCAAUUAAAACACGAUGUUCUGGAAGGAAAACUUCACUGUCCUCAUCAAGUUGCUGUACAAUUGGCAGCAUUAGCUCUUCAGUCCGAAUUAGGUGAUUACGAUCCAACAAUGCACAGUGCAGUGACAGUUUCUGAAUUUCGUUUCGUUCCCGGACAAACCGAACAAAUGGAACUGGAAAUCCUGGAGGAAUAUGCGAAAUACAAAGGACUGAGUCCAGCACAAGCUGAAUCGACUUAUUUGAGUAAAGCGAAAUGGUUGGAUAUGUACGGUGUCGAUAUGCAUACGGUCUUGGGAAAGGACGCUUGUGAAUAUUCCCUUGGUUUGACACCAACUGGUAUUUUGGUCUUCGAGGGGAAUCAAAAAAUUGGAUUAUUCUUUUGGCCGAAAAUUGGACGAUUGGAUUUUAAGAAGAAAAAACUGACUUUGGUUGUAGUUGAAGAGGAUGACGAGGGUCGAGGCGAACAGGAACACACAUUCGUCUUUCGUUUGGCCAAUGAAAAAUCCUGUAAACACUUGUGGAAAUGUGCCGUUGAACAUCAUGCGUUCUUUAGACUUCGAGCUCCCGUUAAGGGUGCAAAUGGUCGACAAAAUUUCUUUCGCAUGGGCUCUCGUUUUCGCUACAGUGGAAAAACGGAAUUUCAAACAACACAAUUGAAUCGUGCACGUCGUACUGUGCAAUUUGAACGAAGACCGAGUCAACGUUACGCGAGAAGGCAGAGCCAUGUUUUGCGCGAGCGUCAGAGACAGCAGGAUUCUUCUCCGCCGCAACAACAGCAACAAUCGCCACCGCAGCAGCAACAACCACCAGCACAGCAACAACAGACAUCUUCAGGUGGUUCAGAAGAAGAGAGUAUUCAACGUCAGUCGAGUAGAAGUAGUACAAAAUCUUCAAACUCGAGUAUUCAAGGAACAUCUUCACCACUAGUUGAUUCACUAUUAAAGUCAUUGGCAAAGGAUCAGCAACCUUUGGAACCAAGGAAUCAAUCAACGAUUGCAACAACGCAGAAAGAGACUGAAACAAUGAAGACGAAUUUAACUAUUGAAAAUAUAAAUAAUCAACAAACACCAAUUGUGCCAAACAAUCAGGUUUGUGGUGCCUCUGCGUUGCCGCCCCGCACGCCAAUUCCACUCGAGUCACUCAAGUGCAAUAUACUCAAGGCAAAGUCUUUAGAACUUGGAAAAAAUUCCAAUUUAGUUUCAAUUUCAUCCACUGAAACAACGGCCACUCCGGAAAAAAUUCAACCCACCGAUGCUGCCACUAUUGUUGCAGUGGGUGGAGAUAAAUUGACAUUAUCAGUGAGUGGAACAGCACCGAGUCCAUCGAUCGACGAUACCGUUACCGUAACACAUUUCUCCCUCGAUAGUUGGGGUAAAAUAGAACAAAAAACAACACCCUAUAGUCCAAAAAUGUUGAAUCAAUCGCAAAAUCCAUUUACAAAUAAUCCAUUUAUUAAUAAUACAAGUAUUGAAGUUGCCGAUGGUGUUGUUGUUAAUGAAGAGAUGAAUAAUUUGGAUAAUAAAAAAGAGCCAAUCGAAGAAGUCAAAGCAAAUACUAAUCCAUUUAUAGAUUCAAAUCCAUUUUUGGGACUACUCAAUCCAUUUAAUGAUGUUGGUUUCUCGCAAACGCAAAAACCACCGAGCAGUCCCGUUGAACAAACGGCUGAGAUUAUUCUUGAAAAUAAUGACGCUGAAUUAGGUAACGCGAGAGUUGUUAAAACAGAAGAAAUUCAAACAACAACGACAACACUUACGCAUAAGGAUGAAAAUUCAGCACAGGACAUUAGUCCCUGGUUAGUUGCGGAUCCAUCGCAAUCGCCAACUUCCCAAAGUCCAACAAAGCACACUGUAAUCACAAGGAAAACAGUUAUUACAACACAAUUGUAAAUGGAUUACAAUUUACUUGUUAGAAACAUUUUUGUUGAGUUUCGUAUGCGCCUUUUUUUUGCAUUUAAACUGAUAGUGUACUUAAAAACGAAUUUUGCAUUUAAUUCAAAAGUCUUCAGUUAGAUAAAUAUUCAAGGUAAGAAAAUAAUUCUUUUAAUAGAAAAAAUGUUGAUAGAAAACAUGUGUGUAAUCACAGUGAUUUUUUUUUUUAAUUAACAAAAACAAAAGUCUGUCUUGAGAGAGCAUUUUUAGAUAACUGAUAAUUUUUUCCUGAAAGCUCUUGUCUUUUGAUAAACAACUUUUUUUACAUUUAUAAUUUAUAAUGAGAAGAAGAGAAAAAAUACGAAAAAACGAAAAGUGUGUAAAUUCUGUGAUCAUGAGAUUAUAAUGGUGGAUACUUUAUGAGGCAAUAUGCUCAUUUUAAAUCUUUUUCAAACUGCUUCAAGACUAUCGUACUCUCCACUAUAAGACUUAAUGCGCGUGCCUUAGAAACAUCGACUUAUUUUUAAACACAAUUCAACAGACUGUCUAAGUCAUUCCAAAAAAAGAAAAUUAUUUAGAAUUUUAAUUGUUCGAAUGUCUCUGCAUUUUUAUACAUACAAAAGAAGAAAGCAUUGAUUUCAAUUAAUUGAUAUUAACAGGAAAUCAAUUUUUAAGAGAAAAACCCUAUUUUUGAAUAUUUUAAAUAUUUUAGAAAAUUUAAAAGUUAAAAAAGCAAAUUA